AUGACUUCCCCAAACGGCCACCCCUACCUCCUGAACCCCUCCGCACCCCCAAGCUUCACCCGCUACCCUCACGCCCGGCUGGUUUCCCCCUCCCAAAAGACAACAAUCUACAUCUCCGGGAUCGCCCCCGUAACCCCCGAUGGCCAACUCGAAGGCGUAACAACCAACCCCGACGGAACAUGGAGCGCAGACAUCCGCGUCCAAACAGCCGCCGUGCUACGACGCAUCGGGGAGAUCAUACACGGCGCGAGUGGCGGAAAAGCAGAUCUACAUAAUGUUGUUGAUGCGGUUGUGUACCUCACAGAUACGAAGAGUCAAUAUUCCGGAAUGAACGAGGAGUGGAAUAAGGUGUGGAGGGACCGGGAAUCUGCGCCUGCCCGGGCGACGGUUGGAGUGAGGGAGUUGCCGGAUGAGAGGUUUCUGGUUGAGGUUAAGGCGACGGCAAUUUUCUAG